CCCCGGCGGGUUUGAGGGGAGGCAGGAGACCCGAGGCAGGCCGGCUCGAGCAGAGCAGACACAGCCCCUGGACAAGCUUCCCUAGGAGAAGCCAAGGUCAUCCUCCCUGACCUCAGCCUCCUCCCCACACCCAGCUAAGGGGGUGACCCACUUCUGGGCCUCUAUCCGUUCGCAAAGCCACUUCCAGCCCCCAAGUCCCCACCCCAGGACCCAGCGCCCUCACGAUGGUAAAGUUGCUGCCUGCCCAGGAGGCAGCCAAGAUCUACCACACCAACUACGUGCGUAACUCGAGGGCCGUGGGCGUGAUGUGGGGCACGCUCACCAUCUGCUUCUCCGUGCUGGUCAUGGCGCUCUUCAUCCAGCCCUACUGGAUCGGUGACAGCGUCAACACGCCCCAGGCGGGCUACUUUGGCCUUUUCUCCUACUGCGUGGGCAACGUGCUGUCUUCUGAGCUUAUCUGCAAGGGUGGCCCGCUGGACUUCUCCUCUAUCCCUUCUAGAGCCUUCAAGACUGCCAUGUUCUUUGUGGCCUUGGCCAUGUUCCUCGUCAUUGGCUCCAUCAUCUGCUUCAGCCUGUUCUUCGUCUGCAACACGGCCACUGUCUACAAGAUCUGUGCGUGGAUGCAGCUGGCUGCGGCCACAGGCCUGAUGAUCGGCUGCCUGGUCUACCCAGACGGCUGGGACUCAAGUGAGGUACGGCGCAUGUGUGGGGAGCAGACAGGCAAAUACACGCUGGGUCACUGCACCAUCCGCUGGGCCUUCAUGCUUGCCAUUCUCAGCAUUGGAGACGCUCUCAUCCUCUCCUUCUUGGCCUUUGUGCUGGGCUACCGCCAGGACAAGCUGCUCCCUGAUGACUAUAAGGCUGAUGGAAAAGAGGAAGUCUGAAGCAGCUGGAGCGCUGAUUUCUCACUAGAAUGGCAACUAUGAAGGUCCAGAGAAGCUUCUGGGGGCUUCAGGUACAUCUGCCAAUAGCCUUCAUCUUGCCCUCAAGAACAGUUUCACCAAAGAAGGAGUGGAUGUUUACCAACCUGGAGAAGAUCUGCAAAUCUGAGUCACAUGAGUCAGCAUUUCAUCUUUUGCUUUAUCUUCAAAACUCAGAAUUCAACCUCUCCAAUAAAGUGAUGAUUUUCGUUGACAGUAACUGCAUCAUCAGCCUUUCUCAAGUGGUUUGACCUUUAAAUUCAGAUUUCAUCUUUGAAAGUAUACAGAAAAAUCAAUAAAAUCAGUACUCCUCUAACCAAGCUUACUAUGCUCCUUCCUCUGCCUUUGGCUGGGACACAGGAAUGGUUGUGAUGCCCAAGCUUGAACAGUGACUAGCACUGAGCAGGUCAACAGAGGAAGGCCUUACGAUUUACAUCUGAAACGUGAACCAGAAGGA